AAGACUAGGACCGGGUUCAUUUCAAACCUACCAUUCUUUCCUGUUUCCUCCUCAUCUCUCAAAACUUUACCCAAACUCACAUCCCAAAGUCUCAUCUGUAGAAGAUUCUUAGGUUAUUUUUACUAUUCAAUUUUUUCUCUGGGGUUUACAUAAUCACCCAAUGGAUUCAUCUGGUUCCAACAUGGUAAACAUUUUCGACAUCUAUAGAAGAUAUUGUGAUAUUAGGUCAAGAAGUGGACAUGAAGGUGCAAAGGAGGAAUUAAAUCUUCUUUUGAAGUUAAUAGAGUCGAAAAGGAUGAUGGGUUUCUUGUCCUUGAAUUCAAUUUUCGAUGAGCUUCAUGGGCUCAUGUCACACCUGGACUUGAUGGCAGGUUCUUUUCAAUUCACAUGCUUUUAUGGUUUUGUAUUUUUCAUGUGCCGGGAGAAUGGACAAAGGAACAUAACUAUAAGUAAGGCCAUAACAGCUUGGAAGUUGGUUUUAAGUGGUAGGUUUAGACUGCUUAACCAGUGGUGCGAUUUUGUCGAGAAACAUCAACGGCACAAUAUCUCGGAGGAUACAUGGCCUCAAAUCUUGGCCUUCAGCAGGUGUGUCCAUGAAGAUCUUGAGGGAUAUGAUUCUAAAGGUGCUUGGCCUGUUCUUAUAGAUGACUUCGUUGCCCACAUGUACAGAAUUACUCGGUCCAACAGUUGUAGCAGUCUGAAUAUUCUCUUGAAAUGUGGUGAUCCGAAAGUGCAAUCGUGCAUAUCUGAUGAUGCUUUCCCUGGACUAGAUAUUUUUUCUGGCUCAAAGAGGAAGUCCUUUUCCUACUCCGGCGAAAUGGAUUCCUUGGAUUCCUGUUCAAACUCUAGAAUUGGAACUUUAUUACAGUGCAAGAGAGGUAGGGAAACUUCCUGGGGCAACCAACAAGGAACGUCAGAGGCCGAAAUGGAUUCCUUGGAUUCCUGUUCAAACUCUAGAAUUGGAACUUUAUUACAGUGCAAGAGAGGUAGGGAAACUUCCUGGGGCAACCAACAAGGAACGUCAGAGGCCAAUCGACAAAGAAAUGCCAUGGGCGAUGACUAUAUGGAAAUGGUUAAGCCCGAGAACUCAUUAGAUCCCAGGAUUAACUCAAUGUGUGUAGUUGAAGGUAGCUUGUCAAAGGGUUUUGCAGGACUUCUUUCUACAGGUUCUUAUAAACCCUAAAAAUAUCACACCAUUUUUGCAACAUGGUAAAUAUUCUGGUAGGGUCACAAUAUGCAUGUGAAUUGCUAAACGCCAAAAGAUAAUUAUAUAGAUGUGAAUUUCUUUUGUUUUUUAAUACUUUUCUGGGCGUUUUGGUUAAGAUCAAGGGUAAUAACUGUUAGUAUCAGUUUACUUU